AUGCAAAAGAUAUUAGGAGCGGCUGAAAUUACAAAAAUACAAGUCCUUGGAAAAGGCAAAAGGAAGAGGAUAGAAAUGAUAUUCUCAGAAAGUGAGGACAGUGACCUGGAUAAAGAACAGAGAGAACCAUAUUCAGGUAGCAACUUUCUGUACAGUGAAAGCAGCAGUGAUGAUGAAGAGCCUUUAUUUCAACUAUCCAAGGUAGAACUGUGUGCCAAAAUAAAAAGUCUGAAGAGGAAGCUGACAGACACCAUGAGAGAAAACUGCCGCCUAAGGCAGUCCCUGGUGAUGCUUCAAGUGUUGCCACAGGCAGUCACCCAUUUUGAGGAACUGGUAGGGAUGGCUGAAGCACUGCUCAAAGGGGGAGUGACAUCAUCUAUGUCCAGUCUGCAUUCACAUGCUGUUUGGAAAGCAUCAAGCAAUCCAUUAGCAGAUUCAUAUGCAGCUCUGCAUAGUAACUCCAGCUCACCAAUAACUUUGAAUGUGGAAGAUGAGGAGAAACAGACUGAAAAACAGUUCAAGAUCGAAAAGUGGCAGAUUGCACUUUGUAACAAGAGCAAACCUCAAAAGUUUAUAAAUGAUUUGAUGCAAGCACUUUAUACACAUGAAUACAUGGCUACACACAGCCUGACAGGUGCAAAGUCCUCCUCUUCAAAGGAUAAAGCGGCAAAACCAGCUAUGAAUCAGAACGAAGUUCAGGAAAUCAUAGGAAUCACGAAACAGUUGUUUCCAAACACAGAUGAUGCUUUAAUUAGGCGAAUGAUGGGACAAAAACUGAACAAUUGCACCAAGAAGCCAAUUUUAAGCAAAGAUCUUAACUCAGGUGCUUUUCAGAAGCAUAGCUUUUGUGGUUCUGCAGCUGCUCUUCAGGGCGUCCUCUCUUCGGCUGUUCCUCCCAGUACUCAAGACCAGCAGGAUGAGGAUCCACAGGCUGCUAAUGCACAGAUUCAGCACAGGGACAGCCGUCCGACCUCUCCACCGCCCACCCCACAAGGUCAGCAGGAGCGUUUCAAGCCCACUUCUUCUACGGUGGAGUCUCAUCUUGCCAGGACCUCACCAGCACCCUCUCCCAACCAGGGUUGCGCACAGGAUCUCAGGAAUUCAGACAAAGAAUAA